ACUUUGCUGGUACUAGGCCUGUGUGUUGGGCAGUUGACUGCAUUGUAGUCAGCAUGCUUUAAAGGCAGAGCAGCAGGCCUGUUUCUGGUCAGUUGGCAGCCAUGCAUUCUGCUAAUGGCUCAGGAGCACCCCUGUUUUGGGUCAGUUGGCUAUUAAACAUUAAAAAGAACAGCUGGCGGGCUGUUCCUGGUCAGUUGGCUGCUCCCCAACGCCACCCAGUUUUAAAGGCAGAGGAGUAAGGUUGUUCUUGGUCAGUUGGCAGCCAUGGGGGCAGCUGCUUUUGUGGAGUUGGCAGCCCCAGCGGUGCUUUGAAUACUUUGCUAGUGAUAACUGGCCCUUUCGGUUUGUUUCUCCCUUCUUUGGCGACGCAGCCCGGAACCUCCCUUCGCGGGUCCUGGUUCCCGGGGGAAGAGAAAGAGCGGGACCGUCCGUUCCUGCUUCUUUCCCUUCCUUCCGGUAAGCACCGAGCGCCCCCAUUGGCCCAGCCGAGCGGCCAAUCAGCGGCCUUCGAACGUUCGCGGGCCACGCCCACCUCUCCUUUCCCGCGGGCGGGGCUCUGUGAGGAAGCGCUGUUUCUCUCGCGUCACGUGGGAACGCAGCGCCUGACGCGUGUCUCAGGGAAAGAUGCGGCUCCUUUGGCCCUGGAGCAGGAGGAAGGCCUGGGCGGGGAAGAGGGCCUACUGUGGGGCAAGGGCUCUUCCUUCCCAUAUUGCCGAACGCCUGGCAUUUUACGAACAGCUCAAAGCGGCCGCUGAGGAACGCUGCGCGGCGCGGACCCAAAACCAGAGACGGCCAAUCCAAAUUUUGCUGCCGGGGGACAAGAAACUAGAAGGGGAGGCCUGGAAAACCACACCGUUUCAGGCAGCCUUGCGGAUCAGCCGGAGUCUGGCCAAGGGGGCUUUGGCGGUGCGGGUGAAUGGGACCCUCUAUGACCUGGACCGCCCCCUCGAAGGAGACGCCAUCUUGGAAUUCGUGGACUUUGAUUCCCUGGACGGCCAAGCGCUCUUCUGGCAUUCCAGCGCCCAUGUUCUUGGGGCUGCCGCCGAGCGUUUCUAUGGGGCCCUCCUGUGCCACGGCCCUAGCACUGAGACCGGCUUCUUCUAUGACAUGCAUCUGGACGAGGAGAGGACCGUGUCCAGCAAAGACCUGCCAGCUUUGCAAGAGAUCUGCCGGUCCAUCGUUGCAGAGCAGAGUCCCUUUGAGAGGCUGGAGGUCUCCCGGGAGGAUCUGAUGCAGCUUUUUAAGCACAACAAAUUCAAACUGAGGAUUAUCAAGGAGAAAGUGAAAUCUCCGACGGCCACGGUUUACAGGUGUGGGACAUCCAUUGAUCUCUGCCGUGGGCCCCAUGUCCGGCAUACAGGAGAGAUCCGAGCGCUGAAGCUCCUAAAGAACGCCUCUGCUUACUGGCAAGGAGACCCUUCCCAAGAGAGCCUCCAACGCAUCUAUGGCAUCUCCUUCCCAAGCCCUGGGCGGCUGGCGGAGUGGGAACAAGCCCAAGAAGAGGCCGCACAGAGGGACCACCGCCGCAUUGGGAGGGAUCAAGAGCUCUUUUUCUUCCACGAACUCAGCCCCGGGAGCUGCUUCUUCCUCCCCAAAGGGGCUCACAUCUACACCACUCUUGUCGAAUUCAUUAAGAGUGAAUACCUGAAGCGUGGUUUUUCCGAGGUUAUCACCCCAAAUAUUUUCAACUCCAAACUGUGGGAAGUCUCCGGUCACUGGCAGCACUACGAAGAGAACAUGUUCUCCUUCAAGGUUGAAGACGAAACGUUUGCCCUCAAGCCUAUGAACUGUCCUGCUCACUGCCUCAUGUUCGGCCAUCGUCCACGAUCAUGGAGGGAGUUGCCUCUCCGCCUGGCUGACUUUGGCGUCCUGCAUCGAAAUGAGCCCUCGGGAGCGCUGACGGGGCUGACGCGGGUGCGCCGGUUCCAGCAGGACGAUGCCCACAUCUUCUGCACCAUGGAUCAGCUGGAAGAAGAAAUCCGAAGCUGUCUAGACUUCCUCCAAGCCGUUUACUCCGUCUUUGGGUUCACCUUCCGUUUCUAUCUUUCCACCCGUCCUGAGAAAUUCCUCGGGGAACCUCAUCUUUGGGACCGAGCAGAACAGCUGCUGGAAAAGAGCCUCCGUGACUUCGGCCAGCCUUGGGAACUCAACCCCGGGGAUGGCGCCUUCUACGGCCCAAAGGUUGAUAUUCAGAUCAAAGACGCUUUGGGACGGUACCACCAAUGUGCCACCAUUCAGCUGGACUUCCAGAUGCCUCUUCGCUUUGACCUCUCUUACACAAGCAAAGAUGGCAGCAUGCUGGAGAGACCCGUGAUGAUCCACCGCGCGGUGCUGGGCUCCGUGGAGAGGAUGAUGGCGGUCUUGGCAGAGAACUAUGGAGGCAAGUGGCCAUUCUGGUUGUCCCCGUUCCAAAUCAUGGUGAUCCCAGUUGGACCAGACGCAGAAGACUAUGCCCAUGAGGUCCACCAGAUGUUCCAUCAGGCAGGAUUCACAACCGAUGUGGAUUUGGACCCAGGUUCGACCCUCAAUCGUAAAAUCCGGAAAGCCCAGCUGGCCCAGUACAACUUCCAGUUUGUCGUCGGACGGAAAGAGAUGUCCAACCGCACCGCGAACAUCCGUAGCCGCAACGCUCACCAGCAUGGUGAGCGAGAUUUGGGCGAGGCCUUGCGCCGGCUCCAGGAACUCCGUGACGCUCGGGCCAGAAAUGCGGAGGAGCUCCUCUGAAGAGGUAGCCAAUUCCUAGCCCCUCACAGGUCACCUGCCCAGGGCAACGACGAAACAAAGCAAUGGCUGGUGGUUUCACCAUUCCCUGGAUUGCAAGGAGUACAGGUGCCUCAGGUUGCCUCCCUGCCACCUUUCACGCAACAUGUCAAGAUCCUAGUCCUCACGGUGUCAGUGCUAAGAAGCAGCUGCCAAAAUUGGGAAUCUGGGGGUCUUGUUUGAACUUGCUGUGUAGGUCUGAACCGUUGUCCAGACAGUUCACCUAAUUCCCCCAAACAUUUUGGGAUGGGCUGAAUGGUGGAAUAGUGUUUAGUGCAAAGACCUGGGCUGGCAUUUGAUGCAAAAGGAGGCUUUGGAACCGCGCAUGUCCAGGAACAGUGACUUUUCUUUGAAAGAGACCACUUCCCACUUGUCUGCUUCCUUCUGGGAUUGUCUCUCGUUCUCACCGUUAUCACCUCUUCAUUGGCUUGUUAUGAAAAUAUUCUUUCUUCAGUUCAUUGCAGAGGUGAAGGAAAGAGUGUUUAGCUGUGGCACAAACUCCAUUUUAUUUAUUUACUUGAGAUAUACAGCCAAACCUCUCUAUCCAUGGACUCUACAUCCACAGAUUCCACCAUCAACAGCUUAAAAAUAUAACACCGCAUUUCCAAAAGCAAGCUUUGAUUUUGGCAUUUUAUAUCAGGGAUACCUUUUCACUGUGUAAUUGUAUUUAACGGGACUUGAACAUCCACAGAUUUUGGUAUCCAGGGAGGAUCCUGGAACCAAAACCAAGGGCUCACUGUAUCUCUAUCGCUUCCCAGCGAUGAAUGAACAGACAACAAAUAAAACACUAUAGAUAAAAAUGUUUUAAAAACACAAUUUUGCCUCCAAGAUCACUGGGUAGGAUAGUGGCUCAUGGUUUUGUGUCAUUUCCCUUCCUUGAUAAUGAUGUUUAUUUGUAACUUGUCAUUUUCUCCCGAAACCAGGACACAGGCUUGUGGCUUAAAAUACAAAUAGUACAGCAUGCAUCAGUUUGCAAAGCCAGUGUGUUCCCUGGCAUGACUUCUUUAACAGAAACUAUGAUUCCCAGAACAGAAAGAACAUGGGAAGAACGUGGUGUAGUGAGUGGUUUGAGUAUCGGUACGAGUCUGGAGACCAGGGUUCGAAUCCCUGCUCAGCCAUGGAAACCCCUUGGAUGACCUAGGGCAGGUCAUCAUAGGUUUGCCUUAGGUUUGCCAUAAUGACUUGAAAGCACAAAAUCACAAUAAUAUAUCAUUAUUGUGUGUAUACUCAUUAUGAGAGACCCAGUGUGGUGUAGUGGUUUGAACGUCAGACUACAACCCUAGAGAUUAGGGUUCGAGUCCCUGCUUGGCCAUGGAAACCCAUGGAGUGAUCUUGAGCGAUUCACACACUCUUAACCCAAGAAAAUCCCAAGAGAGAAGGUAUUCCCCAAGGGUCCCAUGGCUGGAACAGGCUGAUGCGGGGGGAUACAGCUGGUCAAAUCGGAUGGACUCCCUGAGCCAUUUAGGUGUUUCUGUCUGCCAGAUCCAAAACUGGCACCGCAAGGGGUGGAUUUGCAUGCAGACUCCCAUAAGUGAUUCAUAGCAACCUGUUUGGGGAAAGCAGCUAGGUACUACCUGGAGCAAAAAGAAAUCAGGUUCCCCCUUCCCUGUGAGUCAGAAAUUACUCAUCGUAUCCCGGUUCCUUUAUUGUGUAGGAGUUGCGAGCCAAUAAUACGUGAGAAUCCGACCCUGAUUCUGUGGCUUUUCUGUCAGAUCCCACCUGGAUUUUUUAUCCUGACUGUAAUUUAUGACAUCUUGGGAGAUCUUUGUAGUAGUCAAAGGCAGAGCUGGAUUAUUGGCAUGCAGACGAAAACAGCAAAUUGGUUGAUGUUGUUGUAUUAGUUGAUACACAGCAGUGUAUGGUUGGGAAAGACUGAGUCUACAAAAACUCAAGCUGCAAAUAUCUUUUUGGUAUUGCUGUUCUGUGGAUUUUGGAUGUCGUUAUACUUUGCUGUAUGGCCAACACUGCAAAGAUUUUUUUCUCCGUUUCUCUCAAAGGUACAACCAGAUCCUUUUGUAUGUGAGAUUAUUAGUGAAGGUUUGUGUUGCGUGUGAGAUUGUGCAGGGUUGUGUUGGCAGAUUUUUCCUUCUACAUGGAAAUGUACAUAUGUGUUUAAAUGGUUUCGGGAACUCAGCAUUUCUCUCAAUAAUUUCCCUGGAUUAUGCCCAAAAUCCCCAAACUCUUUGGCACAUUCAACAUUGUUGUUGUUGUUAUUUAGGUGCAACUUUAUUUACGGCUUUGUGUCUCAAAGGUGUGUUUUCUCCAUCAACAAAAGCAUACCAGUGCAUAUUGUGAACAUAUCUUUAAAAAGCCUUUCAAGCUCUCUAAAGCGCAUGUUGUUUGUCUCAUAUCUAAUGCAUUUGGGACUGAGAGGCUGCCACCAAAUCUUAAAGCAAGUGGCGUUUUUGUGGCUCAGAGAUGUGGCCAUGAUACAUAGCCCAGAAAAGAUUAGACUGGGGGAUUCUGGGAGAUGCAAUAAUUCUGAAUGCAACAAUUUGGCUCCGGAGCAAAUGACUCCAGGGCAAGGUGUCUCUGCGCAUGGUCAGAGUGCCUCUCGUCUUUUGGAUAACUAAGUUGCAAUUACUGGGUUGCUCUUUCUCCACAUUUCUUUCUUUCCUGCUGUCUCACCGGAAUUGCUUUCUUUUGGAUCACAAAGCCGGCGGAAGAGGAGUCAUCCGGAAAAACUCCAGGCCGCGAGCGUACUUCUUAUGGUCAGCGCAGACUCUCAUUUCCUUGAGCUUGUUAAAAGUGGGAAAGGGGUUCAGAGGUCCUGAUCUCUCUGUGGGUCAGCUUUGGAAAAACCUGUUUGGAAGGAUUCAGGUCCACUUGUGUCUCCGGUGACUAAGAGCUCUUAAAACGGAGCCUGUGUGCUUAGCGUCCAGCGAAAAGCCUGACGCAGUGCCCAAACCUGGCGCAAAUGCAAUGUUCAACCAUGAGUGUAUCCAAAAUAGAAAUACUCCAAGGAAGGUUCACUUCCGGCGCUGUGCCCUCUGCCGUAUUUGGCAAACGAAAACCAAGACGCGUGCAGCCAAGAAACAUCAGCGUAUAUUCAAGGUGGCAAAAGUUAUUCAUGGUGGCCAGGAGAGACUGCAGUUAAUGGAGUGCAAAUUCAUAGAAUGAUAGAAGAGAUCUUAUAUCUAUGCAUUUCAUU